AUGUCGCUUUCAUGUGGACCACGAACCCCCUAUAUGCCACGCAUGGAAAGAUUUUUUUUACUGCUGUUGACAGGACAGGCGCUGUUAUGCCAUUUUCAUCAACCGGCUGCAGCAGUUGUUGGGUUACAAGAAGCUAACAUGACACUCGAAGCCAGGGACUGGUCACAAGACAGUGCUGUAUUAGAUACCUCCGUGAAGGUGGUAACGUCUACCGUAUGUGGAUUAAUAAAUAGCACCGAAGAAAUUUCCAUUCCCAAUGGCUGGUGCGUAGCUUUCCUCACUCCUAUGGCGCCUGGUAAGUUGACACUUAACAUACAUGCAGAGACAUCAAAUGUGCGAGAUUUCGUCACGGUGAGUGAUACGUUUCGCUAUUGGGUGGGUGAUGAUUCCAAAGACCUAAUGGACCGCAUCACGGAAGCUGUCAACAGGGAAUUGGGAGUGCAGUAUUCCACACUCAGUAAAUUGAGCGGAGUUUACUCUUCUCCCUGUCGCAGUAGUAAGGUUAAUGAGAUGCUUCCUCUGUGCAACUCCACACGUAAUUGUAAGACUGUUCUGUCAUUUGAAGGACUGAAGAGCAAUGUGACGGAGUUUCUGUGUGCCCGUGUGCCUAAACCUUGUGAAAAACACGUACAAACAGAGGAGGUGUGGGGUGGAAAUGUAGAGAUUAUCAUUGAGGGAGUGAAGAAUAGCAUGGAGAUCGCGAUUGACCUUGUAGCUGAAGUAAGAGAAGGAAAUUUCAGUGCCGAGCGGAUCGAAUUAUUGCAGGAUGAACGAGCCGCGCAACUUUUUGCAUCGAACGAGUUAAAAAUGUACGAUUACCCUCUUAUAGACGAAAAGAAAUGCGCGAGCGGGAAUGACUUGUGGUUGCUUCUCAUCGCUGUGCCGCUUAUCCUGUUGCUUUUUUCGUUUCGUUACAUUUUCGGUAUUGGACGACGGAGUGGCAAGCAUAUAGAGCGGAACGCAAUUAUUGAUGACGAGGUGCAUGGACAACAAAUGGGAACGGCGUGCCUUCCUGGACAGUUCCAAGAGUUUAUGUACGUGGAUCCACAACAAUUAAACGGUUGUGAGGGUAACGAAUUCAUUCAAGAGGCAGAUCAAAUAUUAGAGAAUCAGUAUACACCACAGUUUACCCCUGCAUGUGCUGAGGGGGAUGGUGAAACCGCUUCAUGCCCUGGUGAAGAACACACUGAAGACAAUGCCAUAUAUGAAUACGGCACAGAGCAACAGUUUGGAGCUGGCGGUGACCGUGCAGAUCAUGUUUGA